UAUAAAAGAGUGCAGACACAGCAAAGUUACGUUCAAUUUGAGUCCCAGGUGAGUUUUGCAGAUCCAACACGCCUCAACUUAACUCCUCAAUCUCUAUUUAUGUCCACUGUCCCAUCCUUGCUAUAAUACAUACUUCCUUUUUUUCCUUUCAUCAACUCAAUUCUCUAGCCACGCCUCUCCCUGUUCACAUCCUCCAAACAUCACACAACACAACCAUUUCUAACUGAACAAUUCUCCAUUUAUUAAAGAAAACGAAGAAAAAAAAAGAUUCUGGGCAUUUGUCGGAUUCGGGUUCGCGUUGGUCACAUCCAUCAAACACACCCUGAUUCUUGGCGUGCGUCAGUGAACCUGGAAGAGCGUCAGGUUCAUUUAUAUCCAAACCCAAACAACUCUUUCUCUCUCACUCCUCCCUCUCCUGACACCUACCGUGUUGUACGUGUCUUUCAAACGUCACCCACUUCAAAACGUAAACCAUGUAUCCACCAGAUUCAUUAUAAUAUUCAUUUCCCAAAUUGCUACUACUCAGAUUGAUAAACCCACCACACCACACUCUAUCUUUCCACCAUAACAAUCGUUGUGUUUGCAAGAGAGUCGGUUUGGAAAUAAUAAAGAUGGGGAAUUGCCAAGCUGCGGAAGCGGCUACUGUUGUGAUUCAACACCCUGGGAACAAGAUCGAGAGGAUUUAUUGGUCGCUUAGCGCACACCAGGUUAUGGACUCCAACCCUGGUCAUUAUGUUGCACUGGUCGUGUCCUCACCUACGCUUAAGUCCGACAAUGGCACGCCAAUGAAACAACUUAAGCUUCUCCGACCAGACGAUACUUUGCAUAUUGGCCAGGUUUAUCGGUUGAUCAGUUUCGAAGAUGUAUUGAAGGAGUUUGCUUCCAAGAAAUGUGGCAAACUCGGGAAAUUGCUGAAGGAAACAGGGGGUCAUGGGGUUCAGAUGAAGCACAGAGAUAACAGAGCUUCAAAUCCUAGCCUCACUUCCAAAAAUGAAUAUGGUUCCAGUAAGGUGGAACAAGAGAUCCAACGAAUGGAUAGCAAUGGCAGCGGCGGCAGCAGCAGCAGCAAUAACAAAGGUGUUGGAAGGCAUUUCGUUGGUUCUGGUGGGCAAUGGAAGCCAGCCUUACAGAGCAUUGCAGAAAUUGGAACUUAAACGCACUGUUAGCACCCAUUUCCAUGAAUAAACCAUGCAGAGCAAUAGCACCACCAACAACAACAAGACAUUAGGGUUUGUAUUUGUUAAGCUUAUCUCUCUGUGGAAAGGACAUGUAUGUAUACAUUUUAACCCUACAAUUAGACAUCAUCCAAGUUCUUAUAGAAUACUGUACGUUUGCCUUGAAAUUUUAGUAGCGGACCACCAACCAUUUCGUUAA